AUGGGUAAACGCUCGGCUUUUGAUGAUUCAGACGAGGAGGAACCAUAUCCCGCGGAGAGGAUACAAGAAACUCCUCAACCUGUAAUGGGACAAGCGCCCUCCAAUCAGAUGACGAGGGCGCACGUAGAGAGUUCGAGGAAAAGGAACCCCUCGGGUCAAGCCUCGGGCCAUCAAAAAAGAAAGUGGGGGGAUCCCGAGGUGGUGGAAGUCGAUCCCUUGUCCUUCAGCCUGCCAGCGAUCCACGAGUUGUCUUCUAUCGACGAACUCUUGAAGGAGGGAUACGAAGACCAAGGGCAAGGAGCGGGCCAGUUCGAGGGCGUUCCCGAGGGUCACGCUCUACUCACGUUCGACCCUCCACGGGUUGAAUGCGCGGACUUGCCCGCCACAGGGAUGCCGCGACUGGAGGACGGCAUGAGACAGGCCAUGCAAGCAGUGAACUCCUUCGUGACGGUGUGCACGGACUUGGAGAGACAGCUGGCCUCGGCCAGGACGAAGGCUGCCAGCGAGGCCGGCAAAGCUAGGGAGGCCGAGGCGCGGCUCCAGGCCCUGGAGGAAGAGAAGAGGAGGCUGGAAGAGGACAUCUCUACAAUGAGAGGGCAGUUCGAAGGCAUGGAACUGGCUUACAGUCUCCAAAUUGAGAGCCUCCAGGCGACGAGCGUCCCCAAAUCCCACCUGGACAAGUACAUCCUCGCCGAGCAGAUUGCUGAGACUUGCCCCACCGUUUCUAAGCCCGAGGACAUCAUAGAUAUCCCGGGCAGUCUUUCCUUCGUCUUCCAGAUGCCAAGGGGAACUCAAACGCCUCUGAGGACGCCGCCGGGGCCUAAUGAGGAGCCGGAGACGGUCGGACAUACACCACCCCCCAAAGGGCACAACUCCGGGAGCUGCGGAGGGGGCGGCAAUUUGACUGACUCCAACACCAACAGUAGAGACAAGGUGAAUGAUGCGUAG